UUUUUUGUGUCUAUAGGAGCUCGUGAAACGGAAUUCGUUCGAGCAGCUUUUCUUGCCACGAUGGCUUGUGUGACGCGUUUCAGAUGAAUACAUAAAUCAAGGGGGAAAAGGGGGGUGACCGUAGUUUCUUUUUUUUAUAUUCAUUUCCUCUCUCGUGUAUUGAACCCGCGAUGGACGUGGACGGGGACUUCGACCAGAGUCUGUUGCAGCAGUUCAGCUGCCUCGGCACUGUCGACAAGGAGGUGCUUGUGAAGGAGCUAAAGAAGUAUGUGGGGGAGCAUCUCAACGACUCGACGGCCUCGUUUUUUCUUGACAUGAACAACUGGAAUUUGCAAGCGGCAAUCUGUUCAUAUUUCGACUUUGAGCACCCAAACGGUACAGGACCAACUCUGCCUUCGAUGAGUUUCAUCAAAGAUGUGACAGUCGGGGAAGGCGAAAGUAUACCUCCUAAUACAAGGUUUGUGAAAACAUGGCGACUACAGAAUUCAGGCGGCGACAGAUGGCCGGAAGGCGUGACGCUGCGGUUUUCGGGCGGACACCAGUUCACAACCCAAGACGUUGUCCCAAUCCCCCCUCUAGAGCCAUUACAGGCGACGGACAUUUCCGUGGAUAUGACGUCGCCGAGUGAGCCCGGGAUCUUUCAGGGGAAAUGGAGGAUGUCGACGGCCCAGGGCGACUACUUCGGAGACGUGAUUUGGGUGAUCUUGUCCGUGUCCGAGGCCGGGACACUGGGCGUGACGCAACAACUGUCCCGGCUCACCUGGCCGUCGGAUGACGACGCCGGGAUGGACGGCUUGCAGUCUGGUCAUCCGUUCCGCGUUCAGGUGUCACCACUGCCGCCUCCACCGGCGCCGUCCUCGUCACCGGCCAACAACCCGUUUUCAUUACGGCUGCGCACCGACCCCGGCGCCGAAGCUGAUGAUGAGGAGGAGAUGAACUGA